AUGGAGCGCAAUCUCUCCCAGAAAGCGCUUCGCAUGCGCCAGCGCUUCACAUUCAGUCGUGGUCGAGACCGCGCAUCCACUAUCCCUCCCGCUGGUGCCACCAGUACCCCCAACAGCCGCCCGCGAUCAGCCACAACGCCCAUCUCGUCCCACACCAUCACCACCACUACUAUCGACACAACGUCCCACAAAACCAGCAAAGACUGCACUCGCUUUUACCACUUUACAGAUGAACCGGGUUACUUUCGUCCUGCGUCACCUCUCCUUGACAGACAGUCUGUCUCGGAGGAACUAGAAGACGACGUCAAACAUGCCUGCGCACUGCUGGUUCAGAGCGUGGAUCGCGGUUUACCAAUAUGGCCUUUGGUUCAGGUAGACCAUCGCCCGAGCACAACAACCACAACCACGGCAAAAGUAUCCAGCCCAGAGGCCCCCUCGAGAUUCUAUUAUCAAGGCGCUAGUAUGUCCCCCUCCGCCGUGGAUAAUCAGAUCGAGAUCCACACGAACGAUAAAAUGCACGACUCCGGCGUAGCUUUCCAACAUAGCACCAGCGCUGCGUCUGCAACUACGGGACGCUUUUACGGUACCAGGCACUCGUCAUCGCGCCAUGGAGAAAACCACGACGAAGAUGCCCACCGCGGCCGCUCAUACUUCCGUUCUCGUGGUCAAAGUUUCGGCACGGAUGCGACGCCAUCACGUUCACGCUCGCGCUCUCGUUCUCUCAGCCCGGACAUGUUCCCCUACAGCCCGCCACAAGUCGACACACUCUGGCCACACGUCAAAGAUAUUUACUCCGAACCAUCAGACGCAUUAUUCCCAGAUACCGAGACAGAAAAAGAAAAAGACACAGAAUCUCACCUCGGCGUUGAGGGUAUGACCUGGCUCCGCGCAAGUCUAGAUAUUCCCCGUCUCAACAACACUGAAAAAACACCCGCCAGUAUCAAUAUCAACGUCACCGCGAUACCGGCCGCUGCACCGCGCCGCUUCUACAGUACCCGGCAGCAACCGCGCGCAAAGGAGCACGGUUAUAAUCCUGUCGCUGGGGCGGGAUGGGAUGGAUCGAAUAGUCGAACUAGUGUGGACGAUGCUGUUUCUCUGCGGAGUUUUUCGAGUGUGGAAGAUGAUGGGAUUUGUCAGGGGAGCUUUCAUCAGUUACGGAGAACUGUUUCGUCCCGUGGUUUUGAGAAGCACCUGCAGGGUAAAGAUCAAUGCCCAGGGCAAGGGCAAGAUCCUGUUUAUGCGAUUGUCUCCGAUGCUGGACACCGGAGACGCAGGAAGGCGUCGCAUUUAUUGAAGAAAUUGGCUGGAUUGAGGAAGAAGAAGGAUGGGGAUGCGUUUGAGAGUCGACGUGUUGCGGUUGCGGUUGUUGCUUGA